AAGUAGCUAGCAAGCUCCUCUUGAAACGGAGUAGCUAAUAAGCUAGCAACUGCAUUUCACGGGAUCGGUGUCAUACAAGGGAAAAUCGGAUAGUUAGCCAUCCAACUGGCCGCAUCAAAGGCGUCUUGUCACUGUGUACGGUUACAACCCAGGAGAAUGAGAGGAAGCAGAGUCUCCGAGCUGUAAGAAGAGCCCCUUUCCUCUCGCGCACCACCAUGGAGAAGUCAGCGAGGCUGUGGGGGGUGGUGGGUAGGUGGCUGCUGGCGGCGGGCUCCUGGUCGUGGGGCGCAUGCCGCGUGUCCCUGCUGGCGCUCAUCCUCACCUUCCACCUGUACGGCGGCCUGCUGCUGCUAGGCCUCAUCCUGCUGUCGGUGGCCGGCAUCCUCUACAAGUUCCAGGACGUGCUGCUGUACUUCCCUGACCAGCCCUCCUCGUCCCGCCUCUAUGUCCCCGUGCCCACAGGUAUCCCUCACGAGAACGUCUUCAUCCGCGCCAAGGACGGCGUGCGCCUCAACCUCAUCCUGCUCCGCCACGCCGGCGAUGCCCCCGCCGGGGCCCCGCCUGGCGGCUCCACCCCCACCGUCAUCUACUUCCACGGCAACGCGGGCAACAUCGGGCACCGCGUGCCUAACGCGCUGCUGAUGCUGGUGAACCUGAAGGUGAACGUGGCGCUGCUGGACUACCGGGGCUACGGCAAGAGCGAGGGCGAGCCGGGCGAGGAGGGCCUGCGGCUGGACGCCGAGGCCGCCCUCGACUACGUCAUGACCCGGCCCGACCUCGACAAGACCAAGGUGGUCCUGUUCGGGCGCUCGCUGGGCGGCGCGGUGGCGGUUCGCCUGGCCGCUGAGAACCCCCACCGCGUGGCGGCCGUGGUGCUGGAGAACACCUUCCUCAGCAUCCCGCACAUGGCCGCCACGCUCUUCUCCUUCCUCCCCAUGAGGCACCUGCCGCUCUGGUGCUACAAGAACAAGUUCCUGUCCUACCGGCACGUGGCACAGUGCCGCAUGCCGACCCUCUUCGUCUCGGGCCUGUCGGACCAGCUCAUCCCGCCCGUCAUGAUGAAGCAGCUGUACGAGCUGUCGCCCGCGCGGACUAAGCGCCUGGCCGUCUUCCCCGACGGCACGCACAACGACACGUGGCAGUGCCAGGGCUACUUCGCCGCGCUCGAGCAGUUCCUCAAGGACCUGGCCAAGAGCCGCGGCCACGAGGGGGCGGCCCAGGACGUGGCCAGCGUCACCGUCAUCUGAGCGGCUCGCUGCAGCAGAAUGUACUGUCUCCGUUUUUGUCUUUCGGGUUUGUUUUCUCUCCUUGUUUUCUCUCCUCGCAGUACAGGCAACAAGAGAUGCCACGAGCAGGUGGGCAUGGGGCCCACAGCGCCCCCUUGAGGCCUGUUUUAUGUAAGAGCUGCGAGUGCACGGUUAACCGCUUCAGUUAAUAACGGCCUGUCUGUAUUUGGUUGACCUCCGUGCACACGCUUUUCCAGGCUCUUAAGACUUACUUCAUAAGAGUAUAUACCAGUUUUGUUUCAUGUAUGAAUGAAAAGCCCAAUGUAUGAAUGGGAGACCAAGGGCUCUGUGAAUCUCAUCCUUUUUAGCGCCAUUAUAGGUUAAAUCUCAUUCAGUACUGCAGAUUGUGGUUUAUAUGAGAACACAUAAGCUAGGUAAUUUUGAUUUUUUUUUAGCCCAGUCCAAACUAACAGCAGCUCCCCUGGAACAACUGCUACUGUUCACCUCACCUCAGAAACUCUGGUAGUCCGUGACCUGGAAGACGCAUCACUCUGUGUGGUCUGUCCCUCAAAUCUGGAGGCCCCCAAAACCACAGAGCCUGAAUGUCAACCAGUGACGGCUCAGCACAUCUGUUGCUGUAAAGGCCUCUGGCUGGUUCAUGUAGUGGUGAUAUCAAGACCACAGAGCUGUAUGGUGGAGUAUUGCUAACAUCUAUGAUUAAUCCUACUUAUGUCUAAACUGUCUGAUGGACUUAAGACCAAUGGUCUCUGGGCAUUGAGUAAUGUUAGUUCUUUGUUUUUUUUUUUUUAAAUUCAGCAUCACCUUAUGUGCUUCUCGAGAAACAGCCCUAAAUGAAUUGAGCUAAUUUGCAUGUCUUCCAGGGAAUAUAACCAUGCUAGAUAACAAAUGACUAAUGUUCUGUGUGUGUUUUUUUUUUUUCAUUGGGUAUUUUUGAUAGCACUACCUUUGUUUAAAGAUGUAACUAAGCCCAUGAUUUCUUAUGAAAUGAUUGUUCAUCCUGGCAGCAGAGAUUGCAUUCUGUCGAAGUGUACAGCACGUACCAACAGGACAGAGACAUUAAUGUGCCAAUAAAACAACUUGACCUACAAGACCAGAUCCAAUACAACUCGCGUUCAGUAUUCGCACUGAUAACACAAACUUUGCACAACCAUGCAGAAAAACCUAUAUAUUUGUAGGAGAUCCCAUGGUUAGGAAAAAGAAGCACAGCACAUCGAUGCAGAUUCUGUGCCAGUUAGUGAGGUGCACGAUGGACUGUGGAUUCA